CAUGCAAACACGAUUCUCACUUCCUUUUCAGUUUUAGGUCUCCUCUCGUGCUGAUCUGCUAUGCGUGGGCUACAGCGAUAAUAAGUUAACUUGUUAGCUAACUUGCCCCUUGAGGGAUAAUUGUUGCAUCCAAAAUCUCCUACUCGCAUAACCAAAUUGCACAAAAAAUUAUAGGACAUGCCGAACAUCGUGCUUUUCAGCGGGAGCUCCCACCAAGACCUGUCACAAAAAGUGGCUGAUCGCCUCGGACUGGAAUUGGGGAAAGUGAUAACGAAGAAAUUCUCCAACCAAGAAACAUGCGUGGAGAUCGGGGAGAGUGUGCGCGGCGAGGACGUCUACAUUGUGCAGAGCGGCUGCGGCGAGAUCAACGACAAUCUGAUGGAGCUGCUGAUCAUGAUCAACGCGUGCAAGAUCGCCUCGUCGUCCCGCGUCACCGCCGUCAUCCCCUGCUUCCCCUACGCCCGGCAGGACAAAAAAGACAAGAGUCGUGCUCCGAUCUCAGCCAAGCUGGUGGCCAACAUGCUGUCUGUAGCCGGCGCCGACCACAUCAUCACAAUGGACCUCCACGCCUCGCAGAUCCAGGGAUUCUUCGACAUCGCCGUGGACAACCUGUAUGCAGAGCCCGCGGUCCUCCAGUGGAUCCGGGAGAACAUUCCAGAGUGGAAGAACAGCUGCAUUGUGUCCCCUGACGCUGGAGGAGCCAAACGAGUGACCUCCAUCGCUGACCGUCUGAAUGUGGAGUUUGCCCUCAUCCACAAGGAAAGGAAGAAGGCCAACGAGGUGGACCGCAUGGUCUUGGUCGGUGACGUGAAGGACCGCGUGGCCAUCUUGGUCGACGACAUGGCCGACACCUGCGGUACCAUCUGCAAAGCUGCUGAGAAAUUGAUUGAUGCCGGUGCGAUCAAGGUCUAUGCAAUCCUCACGCACGGCAUAUUUUCCGGUCCGGCCAUCGCGCGCAUCAACGAUGCUCCCUUCGAGGCCGUGGUGGUCACCAACACCAUCCCCCAGGAGGAGAAGAUGAAGUCGUGCCCAAAGAUACAGAUCAUAGAUAUAGCCAUGAUCCUGGCCGAGGCGAUCAGGAGAACCCACAACGGCGAGUCGGUGUCCUACCUCUUCAGCCACGUGCCCUUGUAAAGGAUGGCCACGAGCAGAGGGCACAGCGGCCGUUUCUCUCCUCAUGGUCCAAUCGGCUCGCACCUUCAACGACCACGCCCUCCCGGAAGUCCUUAAACCAUGACGGUUUGGGCCAAUUACACGUGACCGAUUCUAUAGGCCACUCCCACUUUCCCUGCUCCGUUGUUCCGUGUGGAGACCCAAGAAAGAGUAUCACCUCCUCUUUGAGACCAGCAAGUUUCUAUUUAUGCGUAUUYCCAUGUUAAGAUUUCCUUACUGUGUUUGUUUCAAUAUCAUGCUUUGCCAGCCUUGCCACCCAAGGGAUCUSGCUGUCGUUUUAACCAAAGGUCCAUUGCCUAACGAUGUUCCUGUUUGUUUGUACCUCAUUUUCCUUCCAUUUCACUAUAAAUGAAAGCAUUCCAUUGUGUGAUGUCACUUCUUGACUCAUCUGACUGUUCUAACCUGCUCUGUGGAGAAUCUGCAACGCUGUUGGUUUUAGAGGCACCUUUGUUUCAUCAAUACAUGCCGAUUACAAAGUACCAGGGUCCUAUUCACUAGACUCAAAACGGUAGCAAACGGGGAGGGACUAUCUGUACAAUAAGAAAUGCCUGUCUUCAUUUUCUGUUGCGAAAUGUUUUGCUACGGUGUGUGCUAAUCAAUGCCACCCAGGGUUGUUUAGUCAUCAACAGCUGAUUAAUUUUUUUACAUUUCUUUAACCAGKAACAUUUUAGUUAGUGUGGGACUUAAGUCAAGUUUUUUUUCUCAAAAAGAUCCAGAGUAGAGGCUGUAUUUGUUCAACCAGCAGAUAGAUACCUACAUAAUGUUUAAGCAUCUAGCAUUGUCUCAAUAGUCCCAAUAUUGUAUCAUGGAAUUCAAUUUGAGAUAUGAGAGAGACCGUUGUAAGCAUUUCCACAUUUUCUGGCAUUCUAGUUAAAACAUUCUUUCGUUAGUGCCACGUAACAAGGCCAAAUCUGAUUUGCCAUUUUAGUUUCCUUCAUUUACCUGGUAGUGCACUCCCUCUUGUGACGGACUGGUGUCAUUGCAGGGCCUCAUGCUCACCUUCGUAUUUCUGAUUUACAAUCUUGAAAUUGCUCAUUUACUAAAACUCCCAACACCACUACUAAUCUCCUGCUGCCCAGUUUUUCAAAAGUUAUCUUUUCAGAUUUCAGCAAUCGGAUAGGAUGAAAUUAAUAGAACGGGUAUCCACAUUCAAGUCAAUGAUACACCUGCUGUAUUUAUAUAUAUUUAAUCCGAUCCGAUUGCCGAAAUUCGAUCCGAUAACUUGGAAAAACUGGGGCCAGUACCUCUGUAUAUCAAGUUUAUCCAUCUUGUCAAAUGGUGAUUGGUCGAACAACCCACAGCCAAAAGGUCAUUAACUUCAAAGUUCUACUUUCCUCAUGUCUUAAGUGUUUUUUUUUCUCCAAGUAUUUGUUGAGAAAAAAGUUAUAAUGUACGAGUGUAACUCCUCUGCGUUCAUGUUCUCCUGUUGUACGGUGAGUGUGCGCCAAAGGCAGUCUUCAGAAUGAAUUGGCGGAUUGGUUGAAAACUGCUGGCGGACAGGCAGCCACACAUUGUUUUUUUACACCACCAGGGUUUUCAUUGACAAUAAAAACUUUGACAAUGACAUUA